AUGAAGUAUCUCGCUGCUUACCUUCUUUUGACUGCCGGUGGCAAGGCCAACCCUUCCGCUGAGGACAUCAAGUCUCUCUUGAGCUCCGUUGGUGUUGAGGCUGAGGAUGAGCGCAUCUCUGCUUUGAUUGCUGCCCUUAAGGACAAGGACGUCAACGAGGUCCUUGCUGAGGGUAAGGAGAAGCUCGCCUCCGUUCCUACUGGUGGUGCUGCUCCUGCUGGUGGUGCCGCUGCUGGUGGUGCCGGUGAGGAAGCCAAGGAAGAGGCCAAGGAGGAAGAGAAGGAAGAGUCUGAUGAAGACAUGGGCUUCGGUCUCUUUGACUAA